CUGUAACCAAUCGGCUAUAGCCGAGGUUAUCCAUCUGCGGGCCGACACAUCAUUUCCUCAACACGUCCUGUGUGUUGCCAAUGGACGACUAUGAUCGGUGGGACGACUUCACUGUCGACCAAGAUGAGCUCCUUCAGGGCGCGUUCGACAGCAUCCCUGACCAUGCCGACCAGCCCAUCCCUCCCUCCGCUGCCGUCGCUCCACCACGCCAGCAGCAGCAGCAGCAGCAGCAUUCAGAGCCAGAUGUGGACUCGUUCAUCCGCAGAGAGAUGGACCAAGAUGCCCAGAACCAACAGCAGCAGGGUGAGGGAGCGGCUGAGCCCAGCCGGCGCAGAUCGCAGCCUCAGCAUCAGCAGGCGAGCGGCCCGGGUCCUGAGGAGGAAGAUGACUUCGACGACCACAACGAUAUUAAUGACGGCGGGCUCGACGCAGAUCUCAUGGGCGGCGGUGAUGGUGAGCCGGUGGGUGAGUGUGAGAUGGUGUACGAGGACGCGCCGCUGGGCGAGUGUGUGCGGCUGUGCGGGUCGGAGGAGUCCUGGCGGACAUACUACCUCAAACUGAUGCCGGAGAGGGACGAGGGCGAGGAGGAGGGGGGCCGGGCGGUCGGGGGCAAGGGAAGGGGCAGAUCCCUCCUGAAGGUGCCCAUCGCAGAGCUGAUCCGGUGAGCGAAUUGGUGAGCCGAAGGAAUGACGUUGACGGUGUAUGCUGGUGGGUUGCAGGCAGUGUGACGAGGACAGGGCUCGCGAGCAGCGGGAUGGCGCGGCGGAAAGCGAUGCACCACACGAGGAUCGCAAGGUGGGCAAGGUGGGUGUGGUGUGGUGUGGUGUGGGUGAGGGCUGACAAUCUUGUGUGUGUGGCUGUUUGCAGGAGGGUGAGAGGAGGCGACGCAAGAAGGGCUCGGACGACCAGCUGUGGGUCGACAAAUACAGACCCAGAUCGUGACCUUACAGCACUCACCUCACCCACCCUCCACCCACCCACCCACCCACCCACCCACACACACAUCGCCAUGUGCUUCAUCUGUGUGUGUGUGUAGGUUCAUCGAUCUGCUGAGUGACGGCAUAGUCAACAGGGAGGUGCUCAAGUGGGUCAUGGAGUGGACGCCCGAGCGGUUCGACCCAGGAUACGCCAAGCGCCCCCAUCCCGCUCCCACAGGUGCCUCCUCACACCAGCAGCACCAGCAGCCGGACCGCCGCAACAUCUACCAGAAGCAGUCGCCCUAUGACGCAGCGGGCAAAGGUGCGUCAGGGAUGGCAUCCGUGCGUGUGUGGGGCCCUACUUGUGUGAUGUGGGGGGGUGGGUGGUUUGUUUGCAGGAGGGUAUCAGGAGAAGGAGGCCGCGGACUAUAAGGUCAGUUGGACGGAAGGCAGCGGCGUCGUUGACAUCCCAUCCAUCCCUUUGCCGUUCAGGCCAUCUUGCUGGCCGGUCCGCCUGGUGUGGGCAAGACCACGCUCGCCCAUAUCGUAGCCAAACACUGCGGGUCCGCUGCCCCCUGUGCACUCCACAACACACGGCACACUCCUUCCUCACUUGUGUGUGUGUCCUUACCUUAUGUGUGUGGUGGUUCAGGUAUUCUGCCUUUGAGGUCAACGCCAGCGACGACCGGACGGCAGCCACCCUGAGCAAAAAGAUCGAGGGCGUCUGUACGUGCGCCACGAUGGAGGGCAAGUAAGCCGAAAUCAGACAGAGCCAUCUAGACACGCGACGCCCUCCCUCUCCCAUGGAUGCGAUGCAGGCCGACCAUUCUUGUGUUGGACGAGAUUGACGGCAUAGCAGGGGGCGGUGGCGAAGAGACCGCCGAGGGCCCGGGCAGCUCCUGCAAGGCCGUUGAGACCAUACUCAAACUGUUGGACCGCAAGAUCAAGGGCAAGAACACAUCCUACAUCAGACGGUGCGACCACAUGACACACGACACGGCAGGUGCACGCCCAAUGUCUGCACACACAUGCAGGCCGAUAAUCUGUAUCUGCAACGACAUCUACGCGCGUGCGCUGCGUCCGCUGCGCGACAAGGUGAAGGUGUUCCAGGUGCAGACAGGCGGCCUCCGCCGUCUGGUGGACCGCCUCAAGCACAUCAGCGACAGCGAGGGCGUGGCCGUAGACAAGACCACGCUCGAGUACCUCGCCCGCAUGGUCAACCUCGACAUACGCGCCGCAAUCAACAGCCUUCAGCUGCUGGCCAGGUGCACCAUCAGGACAGACAGGAAGGACAACACACAAAGGUGUCUGUGCGUCAAUCUGUCUCUGUGCGUGUGUGGUGUGGUGGGGUGGGUGUAGGCGCCGUGGCGGCGGCUCCUAUGUGACACUGGACGACCUGCGGCAGAUGGGCGAGGCGGCGCUCACUGGCGGCAAGGACCGCACACUCAGCGAAAUAGAACUCGCCAAGACCGUCUUCAGACCCACCACGUGACAUCCCAUACACACACACACUCACACAGACCACAUGGCCGGACUGCUAUGUGCCCUCUCUCUGCAGGUCGCAGAAUCUGCCGCUGGAGCUGCGUCAGAUGAUGGGUGUCAGUGGCAGGUCCCAGACAGCGUCGCGGGCCGACCUGGUGAUCAAGCAGGUGGCCCUCGAGACGGGCGCCCUGGACUACCAGACAUACGCCACCGUCUUCACCGAAAACCUGCUCAAGGUGAGAUGAGAUGGCUGCGGGGAGGCGGGGAGGCAUUAUGGCUGGAUGGCUGGAUGGCUGGAUGGAUGGAUGUGUGUGUGCGCAGGUGGAUUAUUCUGACCCGCUGCUGCGCCACACGGCAGAGAUUAUGAGUGAGGCCGGGGAGAGAGCAAGCAACAGGUCUCUCUCUCUCUCUGUGUGUGUGUGUGUGUGUGUUGUCCAGCCCGUCUCGCCGAGGGAGAUGUCUUCGGCAACGCCGCCUUCAGACGGCAGCAGGUACGCAAGCCCCCCACCCACCCAAACACACCCAUCCCAUCUAUCCGAUGCCCAUUUUCUCCCUCCCUCCAUGUCAGCCGCUAUUCCACGCGUACGGCCUGCUGUCGCCCCUUCUCUACGCCACCACCCACUGCACCGCCCUCGGCCACCUCCCAAGGUUCCUGCCUCCAUUCGACGACAUCCACGCGCGGCCGCAGCGUCGCGCGCGUCAGGCGUUGCCGCACGCCGUGGUGGACAAGUGCCUGCCCGUGCUGGCCAGAGGUGUCAUGAGCCGCGACUUCACGUACACGACUGCACCGCAUGUGGUGGACAUUGUGCUGCCCAGCAAGGAGGCCACGCACCCAAGCUGGUUCAGGAACCAGAACAUCGCACUGGGUGAGCGGGUGGAUGAGGGGAGGGGAGCAACAGGCGUAGAUGGUGGUCUUGUUCUCUCUCUCUCUCUCUCUGUGUGUGUGUGUGUGUUUGUGUGCCACAUGUGUGUUAAUUAGGUGGUCCACACGGUCAUCUGGGCAGUUCGACCAAGUCGGCGACGUGGCUGAUAUCGGACCGCUACGACCCCUCGUCGCCCAUGGCCACCCUGCAGCACAUCGUCGGCGUCAUGGCGGCCUUCGGACUGGCCUACACCGGCGAGCCCUCCACCUGCCCCACUGUCCCGAGGAGAAACGAGGGACACGGUGGCAAGCGGCCAUCCCCAUUCUUCAACCAGGUGGCCUGGCCCCCACUCACCCACCAUCCGCCCCCACUCGGCAAAGAAGGCUUUCGCUGCUGGUCUGUCUGUGUGUGUGUGUGUAUCAGAGUCCCCACCGUGCGGUGGCCCGUCCAGACGCUCACUACCGUCUCGAGCCCGAACUCUCCCUCCUGUCCACUUUCCCCCACGCCACACACCAGCCCACACACACCGACAAGGACAAAGACAAUGCCACAGGCGACCACCACCCAUACGCCCGCGCCUUCACCGUCGAGUCGCGCUUGGCGCAGCUGCUCACCCCACGGAUCCUCCUCAAGCGCGUCAAGAUGACCGACAAGAAGACCGACAUUGCAGAGAAGGACAGCGACAAGGGCGGGGCCGCCGCGCCCGGCUCGCGGCGGCCCACGGGCAGGGCCGUGCGUCUGUCUGGUGCUGGCGGGGGUGCGUCGUCGUGCCGGCGGUCGCUGGUGUCCGAGAGGGGCGAGGGGGGCCUGCCCUCGCCACAAGAGCUGAUAGCCAUGGCGCAGCAAAACUUCCGGGACAAGUAAGGGAGGGAAGAAUAUAUAUAUGGGACAGAGAAGAGAUAUUGAUUGAUUGAUUGCGGCGAGGGCACACACACUGCACUGGCUGAUGUGAUGUCCCAUUUCCUUCCAGGAUGCGACAGAAGCGUGAGUUGGCCGAGAAGGGGCUGAGCCAGCCGGAAGCGUCACAGCCAUCGUCAGUGGGAUCCAAGCGGUCCUACGAGGCCGCACUCGGUGGCAGCCAGGCCAAGCCAGCCAUGAAGGUGCAGUACACGUAUGUCGAGGGUCACACGGCGGGAGUGACGCGCAAACUCAAAAUCCGGCAGCUCAUACCGGGGUGGGGUGGGGGGGGAGCGACAAGGGCGAGAGAGAGGGCGGGGCCGGCUGACUGACAAAGUGCCCAGGUAGCUAGCUGGCUGGCGUGUGUGUGUGUCAGACGUAGAUAGAUAGAAGCACAGCUGUCUGUCGGUAGAUCUGUGGGUGGGUGGACCGAUGGAUGGAUGUCUGUUGA